AUGAGUCGGGGAAUUGUUCUGAACUACGAAUAUAUUGGCUCACAUAUCAAAGAUUAUAUUGAAGCGGAUAAUCUCUUCAGUACAUUCGAAGUAGAAGAUAUCGAAUCAAUCAUGAAAUUCGCGAAUUUAACACCUGAUGAGUUCAAUUCUCUUCUUGCGCAAUCUCAUUCUGUCAUUUCAGCACAUGAGUUGUAUACUUGCACUCGAAAUGCAAAUAUUUCAAUAAACAACUUACAAGAUGCCAUUUCAACACUUAAAUCAGUUCAAAAGUACAUGAAUAUGCGAAUCUUCGAAGGAAUUAUUGGCAUUUUACAACAAUUACAAAAGGAUCAAUCCAUUACAACAAAUAAAAUCGAAAAACUUCAAGCAGAUUUAAAACAGAUCCAAAAAGAAAAAGAAAACGUUGAGAAAGAGAUGCAAACUCUUCACUCUCAACUAAAAGAGAAAGAAGGAAACGAUUUACCAAAAGAAUUUCUUUCGAAAAUUUCCGAACUUAAAAAUUCUGAAGAUUUCGAUCAAAUCUACAAAUUCUUUGAAGAAAUUUCAGAAAAAGGAAAUCAAAAAAUGAUGCAAAAAGCAUGUGACGAAGAACUUUGGAAAAAACAAGAUGAUUAUUAUGGUAGAAAUGUACUUCAUGAAGCAUCUUCACAAGGAAAUCUGAGACUUGUUAAAUCUCUCAUUGAAUGUGGCUGUGACAAAGAAAUCAACAGUAAAAAUGGUGGUACAGCUCUAUACUGGGCAUCAAGAGAUGGUAAACUUGACGUUGUUCAAUAUCUUAUCUCAGUUGGAGCUAAUAAAGAAGCAAAGACUAAUGAUGGAUGUACUCCACUCAUUCUUGCAUCAUUAAAUGGUUAUCUUGAAGUUGUUAAAUAUCUUAUCUCAGUUGGAGCUAAUAAAGAAGCAAAGACUAAUGAUGGAUGUACUCCACUCAUUUAUGCAUCAAUAAGUCGUCAACUUGAAGUUGUUCAAUAUCUUAUCUCAGUUGGAGCUAAUAAAGAAGCAAAGGAUAAUAAUGGAAAUACUCCACUCAUUCGGGCAUCAGAAUAUAAUAAACUUGAAGUUGUUCAAUAUCUUAUCUCAGUUGGAGCUAAUAAAGAAGCAAAGGAUAAUAAUGGAAAUACUCCACUCAUUUGGGCAUCAAGAUAUGGUCAUCUUGAAGUUGUUCAAUAUCUUAUCUCAGUUAGAGCUAAUAAAGAAGCAAAGGAUAAAUAUGGAUCUACUCCACUCAUUUGGGCAUCAAUAAGUGGUCGUCUUGAAGUUGUUCAAUAUCUUAUCUCAGUUGGAGCUAAUAAAGAAGCAAAGGAUAAUUCUGGAUAUACUCCACUCAUUCGGGCAUCAGAAUAUAAUAAACUUGAAGUUGUUCAAUAUCUUAUCUCAGUUGGAGCUAAUAAAGAAGCAAAGGAUAAUAAUGGAAAUACUCCACUCAUUUGGGCAUCAAGAUAUGGUCAUCUUGAAGUUGUUCAAUAUCUUAUCUCAGUUAGAGCUAAUAAAGAAGCAAAGGAUAAAUAUGGAUCUACUCCACUCAUUUGGGCAUCAAUAAGUGGUCGUCUUGAAGUUGUUCAAUAUCUUAUCUCAGUUGGAGCUAAUAAAGAAGCAAAGGAUAAUGAAGGAAAAACAGCACUUUAUUAUUCGAAAGGAGCAGUAAGAGAAUAUUUAUUAUCAAUUGCAAGAAAAUAA